UUUUUUUUUUUUUUUUUCUCAAAAUUAUAAAACAUGAUUUAAGAAAUGGAUCCUCCAUAGCCAUUGUUUCCCACUCGGACUCUCAUCUCUCCCCUAUAAAUAGCUACAAUUUCUGAACCGAAUUACAUGUACGUAGCUGUGGCGCGUUCUUGGCUCGCAAUUUCGUCCAACACUAACCUAAUUCGUCGAUUCCACAAUUUGGGGCUUUUUUUCAUGGCGAAUUUUAUGUUGGGGCAAACAGAUUUCCAGAUGUUGCCGCUCAGAAGGUUUAAUACCGCCACUUCACCACUGAUUCAUAUAACUAAACGAAGGCUACCACCCCCAAAUCGAUUUAGGUUUAGGGGCUGCUGCUCCGAUAACCACGGCAAUAAUUUCAGUAGUGAUCGUGUUAGUUGCAAUGAUGUACAGAAAGUGAGGGCGUCUCCUAGUUGGGCCCCGCAGUUACUCCGUCCUUCUGACGAGGUUUUUGUCAAUGGCGGUGGUGCCGCUAAUCGAGGAAACUUUGCCGGAGGUGUGGACCAGUCCUCCCCGCAGAAAGUCAUGCUCGCCGUUGAUGUUGAUGAGGUUCUUGGGAACUUCGUAUCAGCUCUGAAUAAGUUCAUCGCAGAUCGCUACUCUCAAAACCACUCGGUUUCUGAGUACCAUGUUUAUGAAUUUUUCAAGAUAUGGAACUGUUCGCGUGAUGAAGCUGAUGUUCGUGUACAUGAGUUCUUUAAGACACAUUAUUUCAAGAAAGGGAUACAUCCACUUCCGGGUGCUCAAAAGGCUAUUCAAAAUUUGUCCAAACUCUACGACUUGUCCAUUGUUACGUCCCGCCAAAACGUGAUCAAAGAUCACACAAUUGAAUGGAUCGAAAAACAUUAUCCCGGUCUCUUUCAGGAGAUCCAUUUUGGCAACCACUUUGCUUUAGAUGGACUUUCCAGAUCUAAAUCAGAGAUUUGCAAGUUAUUGGGGGCAAAAGUAUUGAUUGAUGAUAAUCCGAGAUAUGCAAUUGAGUGUGCAGAAGUUGGGAUAAAGGUUCUUCUUUUCGAUUACGAGAAUUCGUAUCCUUGGUGCAAGACUGAGCAUAUUCCUCAGCAUCAUUCUCUUAUUACCAAGGUACACAGUUGGGAAGAGGUACAACAUCAAUUGUCCUUAUCGGCGGUCUCCUAAGGAUCGUAAAAAAUUGCAAAAUUGCAGCUAGAGGAAUAUUUUUUUGCUGCAAAAAUAUUCAACAGUUCGUUACUAGCAGAUUUAUUUUGUUUACUAUCCCCUUCCCUUAGUCUUUAUGUUGGGGAAUCGAGUGAUGGGAUUAGAGUUGCAAUUUGAUAAUUUUUUUUCUUUGUUUUCUUCGUCUGAGGAGUUGCAUUUUCUCCAAACUUGCUAUUUUUUUUAAGCCGAAGGGCUUGUAAAAGUAAAAUUAGAAUUGCCGGUCUCGAUAUAAACGAACGCGUGCAUUCUUGGAGUAGGUACAUUAUUUAUUUAUUCUUGAUAUAAACUGGUUUAUUUA